AUGACCAGGACACCCACAGGAGACUUAAUAAGGCCUAAUCGGAAGACUAACGGUGUUGGUGUGCAGGCCGAAGAUACGCGGAUCUGCGUUGUUAUGGUGGGUUUGCCAGCACGAGGGAAGAGUCUAAUCGCACAGAAAGUUACCCGAUAUCUCCACUGGCUAUCCAUCCCCUCCAAAAUUUUCAAUGUCGGUCAGUACCGUCGAUCUGAAACCCCCGCCCCCAGCGCAUCCUUCUUCGCCACCUCCAAUCCUGAAGGCGAACGACUCCGCCGCGCCGCCGCCGAGGCCGCCGUCAACGACAUGAUCAAAUGGUUCCAGCGAGGCGCCGGCCUGAUCGCCAUCCUCGACGCCACGAACAGCACCAAAGAACGGCGACGGUGGAUCCAGAACCGGUGCGCAGCCGAGGGCAUCCAGACCAUGUUCGUGGAGAGCAAGUGCGACGACCCGGAUUUGAUCAUGAGCAACAUCCGGGAGGUCAAGGCGACGAGCCCAGAUUACAAGGGGCAAGAUCCCGAGGUUGCGGCGCAGGAUUUCCUAGCGAGGAUCCAGAACUACGAGAAGGUGUAUGAGACGAUCGAUGAGGAUGAGUUAGAUUUGACCUAUGUCAAGUUGAUCGACGUCGGGCAACGAGUGAUUAUCAAUCAGAUCAAGGACUAUCUACAGAGCCGGGUGGUGUAUUAUCUGAUGAACCUGCAUAUCAAGCCGCGGUCCAUUUGGCUGUCGAGGCAUGGCGAAUCGACGUUCAACCUAGAGGGCAAGAUUGGGGGUGAUGCCGACAUCUCCGAGCGCGGUGAAGCGUAUGCUCGCUCCCUCCCCGACCUCGUUCGCCGUUGCGGGGACGGCCGCAAACUAACCGUCUGGACCUCCACCCUUAAACGCACCAUCCAAACCGCACGAUUCCUCACAUUCGAGAAACUCGAAUGGAAAGCGCUCGACGAGCUUGACUCGGGCGUAUGUGACGGACUCACGUACGCCGACAUCGAAGAGCAAUACCCGGAAGACUUCAAGGCCCGCGACGAGGACAAAUACAACUACCGAUACCUCGGCGGGGAAUCCUACCGCGACGUCGUGAUCCGGCUGGAACCCAUCAUCAUGGAACUGGAACGGAGCGAGAACAUCCUGAUCGUCACGCACCAGGCGAUCCUGCGGUGCAUAUACGCGUACUUCAUGAACGUCGCGCAAGAAAAGAGUCCGUGGAUGGAGGUCCCACUACACACGCUAAUCAAGUUGACGCCGAAGGCGUACAGCACCCACGAGGAGCGAUUGAAGGCCGAUAUCCCGGCGGUGAGCACGUGGAGGGGAAAGGGAAGUAGCGCGAAGCAUGCAGAGCCGACCGACGAAGAGAGAAACUCGAUGGGGAAAAACGUCGGGUCGGGUCAUUGA